CUCUAUUGGCUGUUGUGGACGCUAACCUGCUGGGUUCGCCAUGUUUGGAGUAGUGGCGCCGGUGCCGCAGCAGCCGCGGAGUGGGGGGCGCUGAGCUGGGCCGAGAUGGACAGGCUAUCAGCUGGAAAUUAUACCUGCUCAUUAGAAUUCAGCACAAGAUCAGUCGUCUUUUUUGAAUGAUUUGAAAGGUUCUUCCAUACACUGGCAAAAUAUUUUUAUUUAAACUACUAUCAGUAUCAUGCCUAGCAGAAUGGGAUCAAAAAUGAAUCUGAACAGAGACUUCAUCAGAGUAAAAACACAUUAUAAUGGGGAUAUCCUAAUAACAAAUUUGGAUGCAUCAAUGAACUACAGUGAACUCUGUGAUGAAGUGAGGGAGAUGUGUAGUUUACAGCAGGAACAGCCGAUUACCCUCAAGUGGAUUGAUGAUGAAGGAGAUCCAUGCACUAUCUCAUCUCAGAUGGAACUGGAAGAAGCCUUUCGUCUGUAUUGUCAGCGUAGAGAUGAAGGGCUCAUUAUUCACGUUUUCCCCAGCAUUCCAGAGAAACCAGGCAUGCCUUGUCCAGGAGAAGACAAAUCAAUCUACCGACGUGGAGCCAGAAGAUGGAGGAAGCUGUACCGAGUGAAUGGGCAUCUGUUUCAAGCCAAACGUUUUAACAGAAGAGCAUACUGUGGCCAGUGCAGUGAAAGGAUAUGGGGUCUCGGAAGGCAAGGCUACAAGUGUAUCAACUGCAAAUUGCUGGUCCAUAAACGUUGUCACAUACUUGUUCCACUGACCUGCAAAAGGCAUAUGGAUUCGGUCAUGCCUUCCCAGGAACCUCAAUUAGAUGAUAAAAAUGAAGAAGUUGACGUGCCCUCAGAAGAAACUGAUGGAAUACCUUACAUUCCUUCAACCCGGAAACAUGACAACAUUAAAGAUGACUCUGAGGAUAUCAAGCCAGUUAUCGAUGGAAUAGAUGGAAUUAAGAUCUCUCAGGGGCUUGGACUGCAGGACUUCGACUUAAUCAGAGUUAUUGGACGUGGAAGCUAUGCCAAAGUUCUUCUAGUACGGUUAAAAAAGAAUGAUCAAAUUUAUGCCAUGAAAGUAGUGAAAAAAGAAUUAGUCCAUGACGAUGAGGAUAUUGAUUGGGUACAGACUGAGAAACAUGUGUUUGAACAGGCAUCCAGUAACCCAUUCCUAGUUGGUUUACAUUCAUGCUUUCAAACGACAAGUCGGUUGUUCCUUGUCAUAGAGUAUGUAAAUGGGGGAGACCUCAUGUUUCAUAUGCAACGGCAAAGAAAACUUCCUGAAGAACAUGCAAGAUUUUAUGCUGCUGAAAUUUGUAUUGCUCUAAACUUUCUACAUGAAAGAGGAAUAAUCUACAGAGAUUUAAAACUAGACAAUGUUCUUCUAGACGCAGAGGGUCAUAUCAAGUUAACAGAUUAUGGCAUGUGCAAGGAGGGAUUAGGCCCUGGUGACACUACAAGCACUUUUUGUGGAACGCCAAAUUACAUUGCACCAGAGAUCCUCAGAGGAGAAGAAUAUGGGUUUAGUGUGGACUGGUGGGCUCUUGGUGUCCUGAUGUUUGAAAUGAUGGCAGGAAGAUCUCCAUUUGAUAUUAUUACUGACAAUCCAGAUAUGAAUACUGAAGAUUACCUCUUCCAAGUUAUUCUUGAGAAACCAAUCCGGAUUCCAAGAUUUCUUUCUGUCAAGGCCUCCCAUGUCUUGAAAGGAUUUUUAAAUAAGGAUCCCAAAGAAAGGCUUGGUUGCCAACCACAGACAGGAUUUUCUGAUAUCAAGUCUCAUACCUUUUUCCGCAGCAUAGACUGGGAUCUGAGACCUGAAGAAAGACAGAUCAUGACAGAACCACAAAAAGAUGGUAGUUUCAAGAGAACAGACUGAUUUCAGCCGUCUUUUAGUUCAGCAGAUUCUUAAGGAAACCACCAGAGCUGAUUCAAAUGAACGUUGUAGCUGGAUCCUCAGGUCUUCAACUUAAGGACUGCAGCUUUACCACCUAUUUUUAAAGGAGCUUUUUCAUGUUCUACUCCAGUUUGCACAAUACCCUUGUAAAGAAGCAAUGUAAUUUGUAUUCUUUUUGAUCCUUUGAAUUCAGUUUUUUAUCUGUUCAGAAUUCUGCUGCAAAUAUUAUUCUGUAGUCCAUAAUUUUCAACUGUCUGCCCUCUUCUGUGUCCACUGACUCUCCCUUCUCCGUCCUAUCAGACAGAACCUACUUGUCUUCUCUUUCAAAAUCUUUACCAGUAUUGCCUGAUCUAUCCCAGACAGAUCCUUCCUAUCUUCUUUCAUUUGCUGUCAAGAUGUCAUUUCUGAUUGGACCAGGAUGCCGGCCUCCAUUACCCACCUGUUAUAUUUGCACCUUUCUGCUUUCUCCUUUGCUGCCUUUCCUGCUUAACUAACUCCUUAUAAAUAGCCACAAAACUAAUAUAUUAUCCUCCUUCAAAACCCUCUCUAAAACUCUCUUUUUCCAUGCUGCCAUCAGAAACGUGAUAAAUAUGGGGCUGCUGAAGUGCUGACAACACUGCCUAUAUGCUGACCAGUAUUACCUGUUUCCUUAUGCUCUUCUAUCCGUAUCCAUUUUAUGUUUUAUACUUUGAUUGUAAGGUUUUUUGUUAUGUUGAUGUGGUAUGUAGUGCGGUGGCGGUCCUGAUCUCAAACCAGGGUUACUAGGCAUUAUUGUAAUACAGAUAAAUAAUAAUUGUGAUCAGUCAUAUCUGCUUAGCUCUAAACUGUAAAAUUAGGUGCUAGGUGUGGGGGAAAUUCUCUGGUGAACUUACAGGAGCUAAAGUUAUUUAAAAUCUAAAGUCAGAAACUGGGCUAUAACUGUUUUAAAAUAGGUUCUGUUUUGCCCCUAACCCUAGGUGUGUAUACACGUUAAGUCAACUUAACUAAAUUGACUUAAGCCACGUCAGAGCAUACACACAUACAGCUCCUUGACAUGGUGGUAGCUAUCUUGUGAGCUAAGUCAACCUAACUAAUGCAACUCAAGAGAAUACACCUUAGAGGUGUAUUAUCUUGCACCACAUGUAAGCCGAUUCUGCUCCACAUGUGUGUGUAAGCUCUGACAGUUAAGUUGACUUUAAAAACUUAAGUCAGCUUAACGGUCAGAAAGUUAGUACAUGUGUACUAUGUGAGUAUUUUAAUAUACAGUGAACAUUAAAAGCUUAAACAAGCCACAGGCACUGUUCACGUAUUGCAUUUCUGUUGGUAUCAAUGCAGAUUUUCAUGUAACAAAUCCCUUUUACUGCUUAGUACUAAAGAUACCAUUCCACAAUUCCUAAGUAUUAUAGUCUAAGCAGUGUUAUUGUGUAUGGUUUUCAGAAUCAUGGGGGUUUUUUACUGCAGGUUUAAUUCUUAUUACAGUGACCUGCUACUUCUGUAUCUUUUUCAAAGCACUACAAUAUAUAGGGUUGGGAUUUAACUGGAUAUAAAAAUUCUAGUUAUUACUGCAGUAAAGUUUAUGGGUUAGGAUACAAUCACAAACAUUGAGUAUAAUAAUAUUCUGACAGUCUCCUUUCAAAGCACAUACAGCUGUUAUUAAAAUUGGAAAGAGAUGGAAAAGAUGGCCCAUUAAUUCUUUUUUUUAUUGGAGCAUUCAAAUGCUGUAAGAGAAUCUUUCAGCUUUAAGAGAGCCUGUGUAUUAAGUCAAAUUAAAAUUAAGAUGGAUGGAUUUUUAUAUCACCUGUUAAUUGCUGAGUAUACUUUAUUAUAGUUCUCAUUUCCUAACUCAGCAACAUUAUACAUUAAUCUCCAAAGAACAUUUCUCUUGAAUUUAUAGAGGUCUUUUACAUUGUCCAUUACAAGCCAGUAGCUGAAUUCUGCUUUGUUACCUUUUAUAAAUUUAGCUCUGAAAAGUUACAAACUUGUUUCUAAACAAACACAAAAAUCUUUACACUUGUCUUAUAUCUGUUAUAGAAAGUAUCUUAAAAUGAAGUCUUGCGAGUCAACGUAUGUUGUCGCUCAGCUUGUGUAAAUUUCUAUUUUAAAUAAGAAAACCAAGAUUUUAAAUGGCUUGCAUUUAAAACAUGUGUCUUGGAGGUAGAAUUUCUUUUAUAUAAGCCAUGUAGCUCAAAUAGGGACAGAAGACAAAAAUAAGUUCAAUUCAAAGCAGAAAUAUUCAAGAUGAAAGCACUGACAGGGAAGCACAUAACCUGCGCAUUCUCUUUUCUGCUGCAGUGGGUUUCCCUGAAUCCUGCUCUAUGAUACUUUAGUAUGCUAAGUCAGGGACACUCCUAGAGUCUUAAAGCAAUGUUUGUGAUUGGAAACUAGUAAGAUUUUUAGGUCUUAUAGAAGAAGGUAGGGACCUACUCACCUUCCUCAGAACCUUUGGUCACACGUUUAGCGCACCUAAAAAAGCUGGGCCAUAUGUACACACUAAUUGUUCAAGAAUGCAACAAGAAAGGGAGAGGAAGCCCAAAGGGUCUGUUGCAUAAUGAUUUGACCAUGGUCUUUUAGCUCAAGGCUUCAACUUCUGGUUUCAGCUACCAGAAGUUGAAAAUCCUCCUAAACAUUUCAGAAUCACGUACAGGCAACCCCCGCUUAACACUGUUCCGCUUAGCGCUGUUUCAACGGUCGUUUUAAAUUGAUACCUGAUUUCACUUAACGCUCAGCAAGUUUUGUUAUAAUGCUCACGGUCGCCAUCUUGGGUCAUUAAAAAAAAUUGCG